UAUGCAUGUUAGAAAAAGUUAAAUUUUUCCAUCGAAAAUCAUUCUAAAAUUGUACAUGCAAAUUAAUCUGUAAGUACUUUGCUGCCGUAAGUCGAAAAGUACUAAUCUGCAGAUUAACUUCUACUAGAGAAAUGGAAGCACUCCUUGGAAAUUCAAAUACUCUACGCGUAAAAUUCACGUGCCCGUGGUAAAACGGAGAUUGGUUCUGAGAAGAAGAAGACAAAGUGAGAACAGAUGUUCGCUAAUGCUUGCAGGUCUUUCUCCAGAGUUGAUUUGGUUUAUAAACUUGCAAAUUCCUUUGUGCAAUCUAAACCCAUCAUCUUCAAUAAGGGUUGCAAUGGGUAUCAUGGUGUAAGUUUUGAAAGAAUUAGUAUGGAUUGGAAAAAUAAGCAAAAAGCUUUCUGGAAACCAGUUUCUACUCAAGCUGUUACUUCUAGUGAAGGAUGCUCGACAAAGGGUGAUACUGCUCAAUCUGAAAAUGAACACAUGGAGAAUGUUGGAGUAAUUGGUACUAGUAAUCCUGUUUCUAGUGUUCAGGAUUGUAAGGAUAGUGGUAAAACUGUAUCCGGUUCGGUCCGAUUAGCAAGUUCGGAUGGAUCAGCUAUUGGAGAAGUGGGGUCGAUAGUUUCGGCAAAUGUAGAGGGGGAAGGUGCUCAUUUCGUCAAUGAGGGCGCAAAAUGCUCUAUGUCGAUGAAGGUAGCUGCUUCCCUGAGGCGUUUUGUUAAAGGAAAAGGAGGGUCUCUCCAGAGAGAAAUUGAGGGAGGGAUGGGUGUAAAAAUAGUUUUUCCUCCUCCUUCUAAGGAGGAGGAUUCCAUCGUUAUUGAAGGCGACUCCAUGGAAUGCGUAACUAAAGCUUCAAAGAAAAUACAAACAGUUCUUGAGAAGGCAGUUAACAGCCCAUUUCUUGAUUACUCCCAUUUCAUAUCGCUUCCAUUGUCUAUCCACCCUGAGCUGGUAGACAAGCUUGUCAACUUUCAGAGCUCCAUACUUGAAAGUGGUGAUUCUAGCAAAGAUGGGAAUUUGGCUAGUGAAUCUGAUGGAGAGUCUCCAGAUGACGGAGAAGCUGAUGGUAGCAGGUUAAGUGUAAUAAAGGAGGUUGCAGUUGAACUUAAAGUUGAAGACAAGAUUGAAAAUGUUACAGUGGAUGUAAAUAAAAUACCAUUGGUUCACAAUGCACCGAAAAAAUCUAAGUUGCGUAGCUUACCUGAAUUGGGGAUAGAAAAAUCUAUAUUCAUUAAACCAAGCACAUUUCACUUGACCGUACUCAUGCUAAAGUUGUGGAACAAGGAACGAAUUGCUGCAGCUGCUGAGGUGUUGCAGCGAGUUUCCUCUAAAGUGAUUGAUGCUUUGGACAACCGACCUCUUUCCAUAAGACUGAAAGGGCUUGAGAACAUGAGAGGUUCCCUGUUAAAGGCAAAAAUUCUAUAUAUUCCAGUAGAAGAAAUUGGUGGCGAGGGUCGACUGUUACGUGCAUGUCAAAUCAUUAUUGAUGCUUAUGUUGAAGCUGGUCUAGUUCUUGAGAAGGAUGCUGGACAAACAUUAAAGUUGCAUGCCACUGUGAUGAAUGCUCGGCACAGGAAAAGGAAGUAUAAGACGAGGAGCGUUGAUACAUUUGAUGCUCGGGAAGUCAUGAAAAAGUACGGCUCGGAGGAAUGGGGAGAGUAUCUGAUUCGUGAAGCACAUCUUUCUCAGAGGUUUUGCUUCGACGAUGAUGGAUAUUAUCAUCGCUGUGGGUCAAUUCCAUUUCCUCAAAACAAGUAAGUUGAUUGAUUCUAUGUCGUUGGGGUCGUCCAAAAUUUGCUUUGCUCCCAGCAAAAGAACACAGUUUUCUUUUACACGCACAACUAGUUGAGGAUGCUUUGUUGUUCUUAAUUUUGUAUUUGUUUCCUAGUUGGACUUUUUCAAUGUUUAUAUGAUGCUUGAUACUCAGACACGUGAUUUUAACUUUAAAAACUCUUGAGUUAUGAUCCAAGUCCCAGCUACGUCUAAGUGCUGUAUCAUUGUAACUCAGAUCAUAGUUUA